AUGUGGAUUAGCAAUAAGAAGAGACGGCUACUUCAGUCACCUGUCGAAGGGCAGCAGCUGAUAUUCAGACUCGCUUCAAUCGACACCAAGUGUGCAUCUCUGCAGCCCGGAGCCUCCACCCUGGAGCUCCAAGGAGAUAUUUUAUGCACGCCGACUCCAAAAUCAACUGCAUCCCAGUCCACCAAUUCGGGAUCACUGAAGUCGAUUAAGCACGACUCUGCCUCCAAGCACGGCAAAGGCAUGAAUGGCGCGGUGGCUUAUUUCCUCGCCAAGGACAAGAUGCCUUUGCAGAUUGUCAAGAGUCCUGGCUUUCUACAUCUGAUGAGGGAGACAGCCCCCUUCUACAUGGUACCAAAUAGGCAUUUCAUUGCGACGGGCGAAAUUCCAAAGAUGAACGAGAGGCUGCAUGCCAGCAUUGAAGAGAAAGUGGCUAUGGGUGUGUGGUUUUCGGUGACCGCUGACCAGUGGACAACCAGCAGCGCCGAUCGCCAAAGCAGUGGGUGUGAGACGUUCAUAAGCUUCACUACCCACUGUGUUACUUUGGACUGGCAGCUUCAUUCCCAUUGCCUUGAGACCCUUUUCUUCCCUGAGGAACACAUGCCAGACAACAUUUUGGAAGUUUUUGAAAACAUGCUGCACGAGUGGAAAAUCAAAAGUGAAAAUCUGUCGGGAAUCACUACGGGCAACAUUGCAAACUUGAUUAAAGCCUUUGGUAAAUUCCCUUGCAUGUGGAUCGGAUAUUUCGGGGAUAACUUAAACCUGGCCAUCUCAAAAGUCCUGAGGAUGCCUCAGGUUGACAGUGCAGUCAAAGCAUGCCGACGUUUGGUCCAUGCGUUUGCGCGGAACUGGAAAAAGAGGCGGGAACUGAAAAAGAAACAAGAAGAGCUGAACGUCCCCGAGCAGGCGCUGAUCCAGGAUGAGGCAAGCAGAUGGGGGUCUACGGCUGAGAUGAUUUCCCGGUUUUUGGAGCAGCAGCAAGCCGUCUGUGCUGUACUUGCCACGGACAAGAACGCGUGGCAUCUCAUGCUCAAGGACACAGACAUUGCUGUCCUGGAGGACGUCAGCCAGAUUCUGACCCUUCUCGGUGAUUUCACAGAUGCCAUGGUCACUGAGGAUAGGGUUACCCUCUCAUCCUUGAAGCCCAUCCUGCAACACAUCACCACUGAAAUACUUGGUGAGAUAGGAGAAGACAGCACGCUGAUCAAACAGAUGAAACAAGUCAUGAGAGACGACCUGCUACAGCUCCGAUACUCGGGCGAAGUGAAGAGAGUGCUGGAUAUCUGCUGCUUUGUGGAUGCCAGGCUCAAGGGAUGCUUCUCAGAAAACCUUGACGACACCAUUAAGUCAUGUGUGGAGGAAGCCAUGAGACUAGCACCCCAUGAGGAGUCUGAAUCAAAAUCAUCCGUUGCCUCUCCAGAAGAGAAGAGCACCUGCACUUCUCCAACCACUAAAAGGAAAAACAAAACUCUGUCCGGGUUUCUCCGACACAUUAUUUCAUUGAAGCAGGACAAGAGUGAAAAAGACAGUGAAUAUAUGGAAGAAUGGCUGAAAGCCAAAGUCAAGCUCUACCUGUCGCUUCCCUCCAUCAGCAUUGAGGAUGACCCACAGGCAUGGUGGAAGGUCCACACCGCAGAAAUGCCCCUCUUGUCUAACGUGGCCCAGAAAUAUCUGUCCAUCCCAGCCACGAGUGUCCCUUCGGCCAGACUUUUCACCUCCAGUGGGCACGCGCUAUCGCUCCAUCGAUCUGCCCUCAGCCCCGAACAUGUGAACAUGCUCACCUUUUUACACCACAACCUUGAAUAA